AUGGCAGUCCCCAAAACCAACCUUCAAGGGAAGAUGAAGCAGCCUAAUCACAGAACACCAGCAACAAAGCCUCCAUUCACAGUUAACCAACUUAAGAAAACCAUCCCACCCCAUUGCUUCAAUCGCUCCCUCCUUCGCUCUAUUUCCCACCUUGUCUUUGAUCUCACACUAGCCUUCCUCUUCUUCAAAACCACCACUUAUUUCCACUACCUACCUUACCCUCUUUGCUUCAUUGCAUGGCCUAUUUAUUGGGUUUUCCAAGGUUGCAUUUCCACUGGUAUUUGGGUAAUAGCACAUGAGUGUGGUCACCAUGCCUUUAGUGAUUACCAAUUAGUAGAUGACAUGUUUGGUUUCAUUCUCCACUCAGCACUUUAUGUUCCAUACUUCUCAUGGAAGCACAGUCACAGAAGACACCACUCCAACACAUGUUCUCUAGAACAUGAUGAAGCUUUUAUCCCAAAACCAAAGUCAGAAGUUCAAUGGUAUCUCAAAUACUUGAACAACCCACCAGGAAGAACACUUACUCUUCUUGCCACUCUCACUCUAGGGUGGCCCUUGUACUUGGCUUUCAAUGCUUCAGGCCAACCCUAUGAUCGUUUCACAAGCCAUUUUGACCCUUAUAGCCCCAUUUUCUCCAAGAGUGAAAGGUUGCAAGUUUAUGCUUCAGAUGCUGGAAUUCUUGCUGUGACUUAUGUGCUCUAUCACAUUGCUUUGUCAAAAGGGCUAGCAUGGCUUGUUUGUGUUUAUGGGGUUCCCUUGCUUAUUGUAAAUGGCUUUCUUAUCUUAAUCACAUACCUGAAUCACACACAUAUUGCAGUGCCACACUAUGACUCAACAGAGUGGGAUUGGCUCAGGGGAGCCUUGUCAACAGUGGAUAGAGAUUAUGGAGUGCUGAAUAAGGUUUUCCAUAAUAUAACCAAUACCCAUGUAGCACACCAUCUCUUCUCUACUAUACCUCAUUACCAUGCAAUGGAGGCAACUAAAGCACUGAAACCUGUUUUGGGUGAUUACUACCAUUAUGAUGGUACACCUUUCUAUAAGGCACUGUGGAGGGAGGCAAAAGAGUGCAUUUAUGUGGAGCCAGAGGAGGAUACCUCAGUUAAAGGUGUUUACUGGUACAGGAACAAGUUUUGA